CGGAAGUGAGGUUUUUCACAUUGGUGCAUUUCUCUGGUUUGUUUAGAACUAAGCGGCAAUAUAAAACACAUUUAAAAUGCCACCUAAAAUGAAAUUUCAAGAAGGAGAGAAAGUGCUUUGCUUUCAUGGGCCAUUAUUAUAUGAGGCAAAGUGUGUCAGAUUUGAAGUCAGGGACAAAGUAAACCAAUACUUUAUACAUUACAAUGGAUGGAACAAAAAUUGGGAUGAGUGGGUGCCAGAGAGUAGGGUGUUGAAAUACAAUGAUGCCAGUAUUCAGAAGCAGAAAGAACUGCUAAAAGCCCAUGUUGGAAAAAGUAGAAGCAAAAGUAAAGCAAGGGAAAAAGAAAAAGAGAGGGCAUCAACUCCAACAACAGAGAAGACAUCCAAACAAAGAGGUACACCAGCAUCAGGUGCGGGCUCAGCUUCCAGUUCCCAGGAUUCUUCAGCGAGUGCAACACCCACCUCUGCUCUGUCAGACCCUAAAAGAAAGAGAACUCGAACUGAUACAGAUUCUGCACCAGGCACCCCAUCUCAAGAGACCAAAGAGGCCACACCCUCAUCAAGUGCCCAGACCAGCACUCCAAGCCAAUCAGAAGCACAGAAGAAGAGAGGUCGACCAGGGUCAAGUACACCUGCUGCAACAGCAACUGUAGAGUCUGGGCCAGCCACUCCAGCACCAGAAUCAACAGCAAACACUCCCUCUACUCCUGUGACUAGUGAAACGACAAAGAAACGAGGUCGUCCCCCAGCUACCCCCACAACAGACACAACAUCUCAAGCAUCCCAGGACUCUACCCCAUCAUCAGGAACUCCCUCCACAGAAGUGAAAAGGAAACGGCCCAGACCCGACCCUACGGUAGAAUCGGAAGAAUCAUUUUUGGCAAAGAUAGAGGUCAAAAUCAAGAUUCCAGAGGAACUCAAGCCGUGGUUAGUGGAUGACUGGGACUUAAUUACUCGCCAGAAACAGGUGGUUUCCCUGCCAUGCAAGACAACUGUAGAUAAUAUACUGGAUGACUAUGUACGCUCCAAGUCGACAAAAGCCAGCAAUGUCAACAAAGAUGCUGUUGUUGAGGUCACUCAAGGAAUCAGAGAAUACUUCAAUGUCAUGCUAGGUACACAGUUACUGUACAAGUUUGAGAGACCUCAGUAUGGAGAGAUACUGAAGGAGAACCCAGACAAACCAAUGAGCGAGAUCUAUGGUGCUAUUCAUCUGCUUAGACUCUUUGUUAAAUUAGGAGGAAUGUUGGCCUACACAUCCUUGGAUGAAAAGAGCAUACAACUUCUACAGAAUCACCUGCAGGAUUUCUUGAAGUACAUGCAAAAGAACAUGUCUACUUUAUUUUCACUAAAUGAUUACAUAGUUGCUCCCCCUGAAUAUCACCGCAAAGCAAUAUGAAAUGAUCUCAUUCAUAGGAGGUGAACCAUAAUCGCUUUCAUGCCAACAGCUUAGAAGAGGAUGGUGAAACAAUUACCUUGUUAGUCUAACCAUUCUGAUUGUAUUAUAAUGUUGACAAGUUGAACAACUUUUUCAUUGAGCCAUAAUACAUGAACCAUAAUGUCUUCUCAUGGGAAAAUAAACAUGUACAUGUA